AUGUUACGUCUACAGUGUUAUGACCUAAAUGUUCAAUAUAAACCCGGAAAACAUCUUUAUAUUGCAGAUACGCUUUCUAGAGCACCACUCAGAGAACACGCUUUAAAUGAAAUUGAUAAUGAUUUGUCACUACAUUGUGAUUUGUUAAUGAAAAGUAUAAAUUUAUCUGAUAGUCUUCUUAGUGAAAUCAGGGAAAACUUAAUUAACGAUGAAUCACUGCAAAAAGUGAUUUCGUAUAUCAAAAAUGGUUGGCCUUCCAAUAAAAAAUUAGUUGAUACACUGGCUAUGCCAUAUUAUAACAUUAAAGAUGAUUUGUCUUUUAUCAAUCAACUUUUAUUAAAAAAUAAUCGUAUAAUUAUACCACAUCAACUUCGUCACAAAACAUUAAAUAGUCUACAUGAAGGACACAUGGGAAUUCAGCGUUGUCAGAAUUUAGCUAAAAGUUCUGUUUAUUGGCCAAAUAUUAAUCACGAUAUAUUUAAUUUAGUUUCUAGUUGUGAAAUUUGUGCUAAAUACAAAAAUUGCAAUGGCAAACAAGAGCUACUGCCUCAUGAUAUUAUAGAGUUGCCUUGGUAUAAAGUGGCUUGCGAUAUUUUUGAAUUUGAAAAGAAACAAUACCUUUUGGUUGUUGAUUAUUAUUCAAAGUACAUUGAAAUUGAUAUUUUAAACAUGGGUUACUCUAGCAAGCAUGUCAUUACAAAAUUAAAAUCUAUUUAUGCCAGACACGGCAUUCCUAAAAUUUUUGUUUCAGACAAUGGCCCUCCUUAUAAUUCAAAAGAAUUUAAUCAGUUUUGUAACGAUUGGUCUAUUGAACACAUAACAUCGAGCCCUCAUUUUCCGCGAUCUAACGGCAUGGCAGAGCGUUCAGUUCAAAUUGUAAAAAAAUUAUUGAUAAAAUGUAAAGAAACAAAUUCAGAUUAUUACACAGCGUUAUUGCAUUACAGAACAACUCCUAAAGAACUAAAAAUUAUGAAUAAUGAAAAGUACAAGAUUCAAGUUGAACAAAAUAUAAAAAAAAUGUCUGAAAAUUUUAACAAAAAAGCCGUCAAAUUACAACCAAUUUUUCCAGGUGAAGAUGUCAUGUUUAAGCGUACACCGCUUUCAGUUUGGUAUCCUGCAACAGUUGUAGAAAAAUGUAAAGAACCAAGGUCAUUUUUGGUAGAAGACAAUGAUGGAGUGAUUUAUCGAAGAAAUAGAGAACAUUUAAUGAAAAGACAAAGUGUUUUAGACAAAAUAGAUGAAGAACGAGAGACUGUAAAUCCAAAUCAAAGUCCUGUUAUAGAUCUAAAUUUAAAUAAUGAAAAAAGUGCAAAUCAAUAUGUUACUCAAAGGGGAAGAAAUGUGGUAGCACCUAAUAGACUAAAAUAUGAAUAA